AUGCUGCUGGGUCCGGAAGAGGAUCGGGAUUGCUGGACGAUGCUGACGAUGGAUGUGGCAGGCAUUUUCGCCCUCCCAGAGAGCCUGACAGCGCUGGGCGUGACCAGUCCAGAUGAUUUCCAGGCGCACCCCAUCAGCUACCAGGGCAUGCUCCUCGGCGAGCCAGAGCCUAAGGUCGUCAAAGUCGAUUCCCAGAGAUCUGUACGCUCUGGCGUGACCACCGCGAUUUGCACGCCCGCUUUGAACCAAGCCGGUAGCUUUGACCCGGACACUGGAGCGCGGGAGUCCUGGUGUGUGGUUUUAGAGGAAUAUGGGCCUGACAUGGACGGCAGCAAGCUGAAUGCAAACUUGCGGAAGUUUGCAACAAUGCUCGAUGCGGAAGGGGUCAUACGCCUAGCAAGCAAGCAAGAGAAAGAAACAGAGAAACUAACGGAGUUCGAUGAAACUAACACAGGGGAAGGACGUCUCAGGGGGCAGGGGCAUGACAACCACAACCGGGCAAGCAGCACGUACUCUCCAGUGCCCUCCCACAUGAUGAAAGUGACAGCUGGCCAGGGGCUCAAGGUCUGCCGGUGUCUGUCCGAAGACUCCGAAGAAGAUUGCUUCGAGAGCAUCAACUCGACCGGCACGCCGGCAGUUCUUGCCAUCAUCUACCGUACUCGCCGGUUGACGGAUCCCGUUCUCGCAGACGAGCGCUUCAACAUCGAGGGCCCCGACCACCGCACAGGCCAACAGCUUCAAGCACAGUUCUGGAGGAGCUGGCAGGAGAAGGACCCCUCACUAGCUGGGCGACUUCCCUACAAGGAGCUGCGUGUCCUGCUGCCGUUCACAGUCAACACCUGCUAUCCUGUCAAGCGCGCGGCAGGCCGGCAAAACAUCGGGCACAUGUCAGCUGUUUCUGAUUCUUUCGGAUGUGAUGUGCUCCAAGCAACGUGCAAGGUCCCGGAAGACUUGGUCGCCGCGCUCGUUCUCAGCCUACAUACCGAUGCGCAGCUUGACACGCUUAGAAUCGAAGAGGACUUCGGAUGCCGCCGCGCCCUGGAAGAAGCUCUUCAGAGAGCCAUGCAGGAGGUGCUCUACAAAUCUGGAGAUGGCGGCGUCCCGGAUGCCCAGGCUUGGGCUGGCAUUACGGACGCUGACGAUGCCGACUGGCAGCGCAGGGAGAACGUCUUGUUUAUCCUGGACUGGGAUGAUUCCGCCUCAGACACCAUCUUCCCAACGACCUGGCUGACAAUGAAGCCCUGGUUCCGGACCUGGAUCCGGGAGAAGGAGCGGGUUUUCUUUGUGUGGGGGCAACGUGAAGAUGCGCUCGGUUUCUGUGUCAUGGAACAGGGCUCUCCGGAAAGCAUCACGGAGAUUGAUCCUGAAGAUCUGGAGAAGCUGCAUGCGCUGGACGCGGCGUGCGAGCUGCUGGCUUGCGCCAACCGUGGCGGCCUCAUUGCAUUGCGGCACAUUGCGGUUCUGCGCUGGAUGAGCACCGUGGUUUGCAUCACGCUCUCCCAGAGACCCUGGGUGGAAAUGUGCGGCGCCCAGCACUUGUGGCGUUGCAGGUUGUCUGUUUGGAGGUCCAUGAAGGCCUUCAUGCCCCGACUGGCUGAGCUGUGGAAGGACAUUGGAGUGGCAGUGCACUACGCCGUGGAGGAGUACGUAGCCACGCCCGCCAGGCAGGGCUUCUGGUGCCAGAAGCCCAGCGGCGCGGGUGGCCUAGAGGGCACCGCGCGGGUGUUGGAGCUCCACCUGCGGUCCAACCGCAAGCGCAAGGUCAUGGAGCGGGUCCUUCGGAGGUUCUACCGAAAGAACGACAACUGUUGGCUCCAUGCCGUUAGUGUUGGCGAUGGCUUGGCCGAGAGGGAUGCCUUGCAGGAGAUCUCCAUGUGCCAUCAGAAUCCACCACACCCGGAGUCUGAUGCUAAGAUGUCAGUGAAGACCAUCCAGAUGAUGGAAGAACCGAACUGCGAGCACCUGGAAAUGCAGCUUGAGGUCCUCAGGAAGUGGGCGCAGGUUCUCAUCAGCCGCAACCAGGCCACCAAGCUUGGAUUGGAGCUUUCAAGAUUUGUUUUCCAUGGCCGUGUGCAAAUUUGGCUUGUUGGUCCGGUUGAGCGAAGUCCGACGAUGAAGUUGGUGCUUCUGAUUCUAUUUCUACAGCUUCGCUUGCAGACCAACACUGCCAGUCGGUUGGUGCUCAGAGGCUCUUCUGUGAAGACAGGAAGCUGCGAGCACGAGUUUUAUGUGAAGCCGGACGAAGAGGCCGAGGCUGCCCAGGUUUCUUGGGAGGAGGAGCAGCGGCGCUUCUCGCCCACUCUGCGAUUUCGAAACGGGCAGAUGAUCAGGUACCGGGGGCGUCGCUUCAUCGAGGAAUUCAGGAGCAUGCUCAGCAAUUCCGGUGGCGUGGUCUUCAUGUACCUGGAGCUCGAGGAGAAAGCCCCGGUCGAUCCCAAGAAGCCCAAUCCACCCGAGGCUGCUGAGCUGGCCAGGUCUUGCUCGGGCAGCGCCUGGCUGGACCUCCGGAAGCUCAUCGCCCCGGGAGCCUGCAGAGUGGAGUCGACCUGUGCCCUCGAAGGCUCCGACUUGCUCCAAGGUGCCCGGACCUUCGUGAGCCUCUCGCUCGAGCUGAGCUUCGAUGUGACUCCGGCCGAGGGGGAGGACAUGAAGGCCACGCGACCCACGGCCUUUCCGGUGGUUCUGCGCGAGGUUGUUCUUAUGUGCAUCCCAGCAGUCUUCUCCCUCGGAGAGAUGGUCCGAGCAAGUUCUCUGCGUCUGAUGGUGCCGCCCUAUCCUUUCAGGCAAGAGGCGGUGUCACAGCUCAAGGAGGCAGAUGUCCUUGACAUGGGCCCCCUCCUGCCUUUAAACUACCCAUCGCGAAAGAUGGGUCAUGGGUGGGAAACGAGAGCGACUUGUCAGUUGGAGGGGGUUUUAGAAGGCUUUGCCUCGAAUCAUUGGGAAGUGAUGCUGCGCCCAUGCAGCCGAGCAGUGUGCCGCCACUGCGGCGUGCAAAGUGGCUGGUUUUACCUGAGCGGCUUCGGAGUUUCUCGCAGAAUGCACGAGCGCCAAUGUGCCUCACGUAUCUCACGGGAGACUGACACUGCAGAGGAACGCCCGGCUCAACUCCCUUCAGGGUUUGACCUGGAGGACGCAUCUUUGUGUCGCAACAGCUUUGGCCUGGACGAAGUUCACGAGUUUCGGUCUCCGCCAACAAGUGUUGUGUUGCCACCAGAUUCACCAGAUGCAGAGCCGGACUCAAAUGAUACACCGCAGGAGUCGAUGGCAGUUUCCGACAUCGGCGCCCAGAGCAAGGGAAAGGCCAAGAGGAAUGGGACUCAAGAUGCGGCGGCACUGCCGGUUCUUCCUUCCUUCGCAGUGCCUGUGGUCUUCGACUUUGCGUCCGUCCCAGACAUCCUGCGCUUGUGCAUGGCUGGGCGGCUGACGCGACAGAUGAGGGAACUGGCAGUGCACCUUCUGGAGAUGGCCAAGAUGGCCAAGAAGAAUAGGUAUCGCGCGCUCAUGCCUUGCAGGGAACCCGCAGGACCUGCAGGACCGUCAGAGAGGGCCACCAAGAUUCACUUGCUCCACAAGCAGCGGGACAGCGUGAAGUGCUUGGUUGAAGGUUUGGUCACGUGGCGGCCGUACGCGCCGGUGAUGCAGCUUGUGCAGAAUGUGGCUGCCGAUCUAUCGGAUCCAGUCCUUCGAGUUCCUGCCGGGGAGUUGGUUAAAGGUCUGUGCCGCUGGGGCGAUGGACACGUGAGAACAUGCAUAGCCAAACAACUCCUGCUGCUUAUGAAGAUGCCAGGUCAUCGCGAUUUGGCCUGCGAAUUUCUUGCUCUUUGCAGGUAUGAUCUGGGGCGUUUCCAGAACUCCAUUGUCAAUGAGCUGCUGUUAGCCAUCCAAGAUGGCGAGAGAUUUCAGCUUACCUUUCUAGGAUGGCUGUUGCACUUUGUGCCGUCACCGGGAAAAAUGCAUCCGCAGGCGUGGCUGAUGCUGAACAAGCUUCUGUAUUGCGCACCGACCGAUGCUGUAGACGGCAACAAGUACUACGCCCUUCGUGGGUCCUGGUUGCUGUCAACGACGACCGAGCACGACAACUACAUGGCUGUUGUUCGUGCUCGAUACUUUCAACAGAUUGAGGUCAACAGCUAUGAGGACGUGAAGCAGAGUCUGCGCCAGUCGAUCAUCUGCGUCUUUCGCGAGCGCCUGCGCAAGGAAACCUCUGCAGUCCCAGGGAGGCCGCUGAGAGGCAAAGCGCGCGAAGACUUUAUCUCGAAUGCGUACUCAUACUUGCAGCUCACUGCAGCGGAUGUGCUGGCGAACUUGCCAGAUGUGGACGAAGCGGCCGACCCAGCCUCGGAUGCUCAGAAGGAGGCUUCAAGGCUGGGGCGACUGGCCUACGAGGCGGAACUGGUCGGCAACUGGGACCGUGCCGCCGAGCUGCUGCAGCUGCGGGCACAGAACCGCUUCCUCCUUCCGCAGCUCGACCUUCGCAGCGACCCUUCGGCGCCCCGGCUCUUGUCUGGGCUCCCCUCUCCGUGCGCUGCGGUUCCUUUCUUGCGCUCCUCAAAGGAGUGGGUGGCCUUCGCCAGAUUCUGCGCCAGAAGGAGGGGUCGGCAAGCUGCAGCGGAAGAGGCUUUGUGCCAGGCAGCCAAAAUCCUGGGAUCUGGCAAGGAGGCUUCUCAAGAGCUCCAGCUCGAGGUGGAGCUCUUCCUGACCUGCCUCGUUCUGGCGGGGGGGCCGCUCGCAUGCGCGGUGGAGCCCAAGCUUGCCAGAGUGCUGCCUUGCCAGGAGCGCGGCCGGUACGAGGAGGCCAUUGCCACCUUCCAGGCCAAGGUGGACAAGGACUUUGCCAACCCCAUGUUUCGGUUCCUGCUUGGCCUGGCGCUUUUCCUGCAUCUCGGCUGCACGACUCCUUGCAACCACAGCCCUCGGAGUGUGGAGACGUCGGCGCGGUGCCGAAUCGACGAGCCAGCGUCCCCAGAUCCCAGAGCCAUCUUUGACACGGCUAGCGAUGCAAUGGGGGGCCGGGCCUACCUCGAGUCGGCUGGCAAGCCCCGUGAAUGGUUCAAGGGCCUUCCCGAUGAGGCGGCUGUCGUCGACAAGCUCAAGUCCGCCUCCUUGCACCCACAUGUUUGUGGCAUUCUGGACAAGCUCCUCAGCUUCGGGCUUCCGAGCCUCGUCUUCACCUUCCUGGACCAAGCGGGUAUCGAGCCGCUGUUGUCUACAGCGGCGACGUACGAGGUGUGCAAGCUGGCUGGGGAGUGCUACGUCCAGCUGCAGGACUUCGACAAAGCCCUGCAGGCGAGAGCCAAGGGCGGAGGAGUCGGGGAGUCGUCGGGGUCACGUCGAGUGUCGACUCGUCGAUGCUCUGGGCACGUGGAGUAUGCUGUCAAGGCCUUGCAAGCAGCGCUUGGCUUCGAGGGCCGGGAAGAAGACCCGGCGCUGUACAUCAGAUUAGGCUCUGUGCUUCUGGUGAAGAAGCGCUGGAAGCAGGCCCGCGACGCCUUUCUUCGCUCCAUCCAGGCGAUGCCGACAGCAGAGGCCGGGGGCGAAGGACAGAAAGAAGGCGGGGGCGAAGGAGGGAGAGGAGGGGCGCAGGCGUGGAGUGGCGUCGCCUAUGCGGAGUUCCGGUCAGAUGAACUCUCCACCUGCUAUGAGGCCCGCGCGAUUGACGCAUGGGGUCCACGUGAAGAUAUGCUGGGCUCCACCCUGCAGCAGGCACUCUGUGAGGCGAAUCUGCUUGACAACGAGCGGACCGACGUCUGGGCCCUCUUGUGUUUGGUGCGCCGGGAGACCAUGGCAGGAACGAACAUAGAUACCGACAGCCAUGACUGUGCUCCACGCAAGUGCUCGCAUAAGUCUUCUGGUUGCUACAUCAGGCAGUGCCUCGGCUUGGGGCCCAAUUGCGAGGAGCUGCUCCUGGAGGCGACGCAGAGACAGCAGACGCAGGGCCAAAAUGCGGAUGUAUUCUCAAGCGCCAUCCGCACAUGCCAGCAGCUGAAGCAUGGAGAGGUCGCCUCGGAGCUGCAACGCAAGGAAAGGCAGAUGUCGCUUGCCGAGGGGCACAGCGUGCUGGCGGACGUUCUGGCGCAGAUGGGCCAGGCCGAGGCGUCGGUGCUGGAAGCGCAGGUGGCCCCGAAGAUGAUGGUGGUGGCCCUGAAAAUGAUGGUGGACCAGCCGGAGCUGCGCAAGGUGGUCUUCUCAAAGGCCCUGAAGCUGUGCCAGGAGCUGGACGAUGCACCUUUGACAGAGGCCCUGCACGCCUGCCAAAAGUUGGCGGAUGCCGGCCUGGCGAGUCUUCUGCAAGGGGCCGCGAGGACCAAAUGGUCCCCCUGUGCAAUGUCUCACUGUGCGGAGCAGUGGUCAGAGUGGAACGCUGCUACCGAAAGUGUCACCAUGACGGCGCAGAGUGCCGGGCUCAGCUGCCAGCUUUCCUGCAUGAACACGAAGGGCAACAGUCUAUUCAACAUCUACCUUGGGGACUUCGAAGGUUUUUAUGAGAUGUCGAAGGACGUGAGGAGGAAACUUCUUCAGCAGGACCUUGCCCGCCAGCCAGUGGAGAUGGACGUGUUUGGAACGAAUGCCAUCAAGAUCGUCAUUCGUUCUCUCUUGGCCGCAGAAGCCGACCUGAUCAACGACCAGGGUGGAAGGUAUACGGGUCGGCUGGUCUUGGCGGUACGCCGGAGCAACAGAAGCCCGGAGGACGCGGGAGAUCGAAGUGGCCUGCAGUUGCGAGUGCGCGCUGCUGAGGGCCUGCCGCCGGCUUGUAAAGGUGAGCUGCGAGUGGCGCGCGAGACCAACGUUGGCAAGCUGGCGGGCGGCAUUGCCAAGAGGAUCCGGGAAGACGGUGCGGCCCUGGUGCGGGGCGCGGGCGCCGUGGCCUUGAGGCACCAGCUCCAAGCCGUGAGCCUCGCGUCUGACUACCUGGAAGAAACGGGCGAACUGGGCGGUCAUGACCUGGUGGCGCUGCCGCGAUACGAGGACCAGGAGGAUGACAGGCAGAGGACGUGGACUGAGUACUCGCUGGCGGUCUACAGGCUGCCGCUCUCUUAG